CAUCUCCCCAAAGACCUGCCCUUUUGUUCACUGUUCCUCCUCCCAUUGCAUGUCAGUCCCUCUCCAAGCCUGCCCCUUGCUCUAGAAACUUCCCUAUCAAUUUUGUAUCCUUCGGAAUCCCAUUGGUUUGUUUAAGUUCUUCCCCUCCCCUGUAAUCCCCAAUUGGUUUAAACCUUGUAUUCCCCGCCUGGUGUUCCACCCUCAGUUUCUCCCAAUUGGCUAAAGAUUGGAUCCUGCCCUGGGACCCUGCCAAGUUUCUGAACCUGCUGGUGAAGGUGGUGCAGCUUCCCAAGCCACGUCCAGGACUGAGGCUCUGGGAGAUGCUGAGGGUGUGUCUGCAGGGAGGACUUCUCCAGCUCCUUUGCUGAUUCCUACACAGAAGCCUGGCAACCAUCGCAGGGGUCCUCCGAGGGGGAAGGACCAAGCUACAGGACACCAGAAACCCCAUGAUGCAUCCGAAAACAUGAGGCAAAUGCUGAAGGAAAUGCAGCAGGCAGGAGAAGAAGUGGAUGCAGAGGCUGGACAUAAGGCGGCGUUUCCCAGAGGAAGCAGUGGUUCCGUGCCAGCCUCUGCUGCAGGAAGGGAGGCGAUGCCAGGCACAGACACAGGAGAUGAGGGUGCUGGGAAGGCUUCUCCAUCAGCUUGGAGGAAGAAAGUUUUGAAGCCCUUGGAGCCUCCUGCAGAUGUGUCUACAGGGAGGACUUCUCCAGCUCCUACCUUGGAUGCUGCACUCAAGCCCAGCUCCCAUCACAGGGGUACUCCAACAGGGAAAAUCCAAGAUAGAACAGAUAAGAUGUCCCUGCAACCAUCCAAACAGAUGAGGCAAGAGCUGAAGGAACCCCUGCAGACAAGGCAAGAGAUGGGCAUAGUGCUUCAGUGGAAGGUGGCAUUUCUUGAAGGAAGCACUCCAUCUUCGGUGCCAGCCCCUGCUGCAGGAAGGAAGGCAAAGCCAGACACGGGCACAGGCACAGCAGACUGGGAUGCUGGGACAGUUCCUCCAUUAGCCUGGCACUCUGAAGUUGUGAUGCCCUCCAAGCAUUCAGCAGGCGUGUCUGCAGGGACGACCUCACCAACUCCUACCUUUGAUACUGCACAAAAGGCCAGCUCCCAUGGCAGGGAAAUGAAAGGAGAGCCUGUGCAGAUGGAAGCACUCCCCAGAGGAAGCAGUGGUUCCGUGGCAGCCUCUACUGCAGGAAGAGAGGCCAUGCCAGGCACAGACACAGGAGCUGAACCUGCCGGUGAAGACCCCACAUCCAGGACUGAGGCUCUGGGAGAUGCUGAGGGUGUGUCUGCAGGGAGGACUUCUCAGGCUCCAGGGCUGGAUGCUUGGCCCCAACCCAGCUCCCAUGGCAGGGGUCCUCCAAAAGGAAAGACCCAAGAUACUGCAGCCAAAACAUCUCAUGAGGCAGAUGAAUUCCUGAGACAAACACAGAAGCAAGCACCCCGAGGACAAGAUGCAGCCGGCAUCACAAGACCUGUUCCCAAUGCCCAGGAUGGCCUCGGAAGGGGUUUCUGUCAGGGAAGAGGCUGCUGGCUAGGGUUACUGGCAGGCGUGCUUUCUUUGGAGCUUGUCUUCAUGUUGUGCUGCUUUGGAAUCGGGUAUUCCUGGAACAGAAAACAGAGCACCUCUCCCACUUCACAAGACCAGCCUAAUACCUCAGUCAUGGAGAACUUGGCCUGUCAUCAUGCAUCUCCGUGCCAGUGUCCGUUGUCCUUACCACAGGUGUAUUACCAGCUUGUAGCUGGAAGUAUGCUACAACCACUGCCUAGAACAGAUCCGUCUCUCCCUGAAGGGAAUGACCUAGCUGCCCAUCCAGGAUAGGAGGUGCAGCCCUCUAGCCAGGGAAUGGAUUAUUC